GCACAGGCGGCACAAGAGCGCAUGCAUUCCCGUACCGUUACUGACAGCUGGCUUCAACGACAAGCAAAGACAGCCGUCGGUUUGGACCGAACUCCUCUCACGUUUUGAACUUUGGACUGUUUUCUUUUUCCUUCGCAUUUAUUUUUUCCCACUUCAACACAAGGGGAAGGACGCAUAGUCUCCUAAGCGCGCAAGGACGCAUCUAUCACGGGGAUGUCUUACCCCACGUCAAUGCAGUACAAGAGAAGACUGUUGGCACUGGUGAUGCCGUUCGUUGUGGAUGUAUAUUUUAUGUCUAUCCUAAAUAAUCACCAGCCAGAGUCCCGGUGACUCACUGCAUGAGCGGAGGAGAGUCACUGCAUCCUAUUCAGAGACAGGGAAGACGGUCUGCUGCUGCCUCAUUGACAUUGCAAGCGCACUUUUGGGGAGCACUUUAUUUAUUUAUUUAUUUAUUUUCUCCAUAUAGUCCAUUUGGAGUUUUUCAGCGCUUUGGAACGGUGGCGCACGGAGGAUGUAAUCCGUCUUUGGUGAUGGUUGUCUUACUAUUUAACAGAAGGCUACAGACCAAGAGACUCGGAAAGGCUAUUUCUUUGUGGAAACUGGAUUGUGAUUAUGCCUCCAAUGCGCCUGGGCGUUCAGCAGAAUAUAAAUUAGCUGUCCAUCCCCACCGUUUGUUGUAAAAACUCAGGAUAAAAGGAGGACUGCCACAGUGGAAAACAAAAGAGCAUUCAAAGGAAAAGCCCACAUAAUGACUUAACAUGUCUUUUUAUCAUGAAUCAGCAUGUGUGCUCAAUAAUUGAAGGUGUAAACUGUAAUAUUGCCGGGAAGAUCAACAGGUCGGAGGCAUAAAACACAUCAGGAACACAAGGCACCUCUCACUGAAAGGGAUGCAUCUUUCUGUUUUCCUUUUCCUGCUUUUAUGGGCGCAAGCCCUGACGUUGAAAAACUUGAACUACUCCAUACCCGAGGAGAAAAUUCAGGGCGUCAUUGGAAACAUUGCCAAGGAUGCAAAGUUGGAAUUGGGGGAGCAGGGGAAAAAAUCCAACUUCAGGGUGUUGGAGAACUCCGCUCCACAUCUUUUAGAUGUGGAUCCUGAAAGCGGGCUGCUAUACACUAAACAGCGUAUCGACAGAGAAACACUGUGUAGACAAAACUCCAAGUGCCAGCUCUCCAUGGAAGUGUUUGCCAAUGACAAGGAGAUCUGCAUGAUUAAAGUUGAGAUACAGGACAUAAAUGAUAACGCACCAAGCUUUCCCUCUGAUCAGAUCGAUAUCGACAUCUCUGAGAACGCAGCCCCGGGCACGCGUUUCCCCUUGGCUGCCGCCUAUGACCCAGACACGAGGGAAAACGGCCUGAAAACGUAUCAGAUCACGCGGGACGAUUACAGUAUAUUUUCUUUGGAUGUAAAAUCCAGAGGGGAUGGAACAAAAUUCCCCGAAUUGAUUGUUCAGAGGUCUUUAGACCGAGAGGAGCGCAGCCAUCACACUUUAAUUAUAACUGCCACAGAUGGAGGGGAAUAUCCUAAAUCAGGCACAAUGCAAAUCAAUGUGAAAGUCACUGAUUCCAAUGACAAUAUCCCCGUGUUUGAGCAGCCCUCAUAUGUCGUGGAGGUCCCUGAGAAUUCACCCCCAGGCACGGUAUUGAUACAUUUAAAUGCCACAGAUCCGGAUGAAGGGAUUAAUGGGCAGGUUACUUAUUCUUUUAGCUGUUAUGUCCCAGACAGUAUCAAAGAGUUGUUCUCAAUAGACCCCCGAACGGGUGUCAUAAAAAUUCAGGGUAAAAUCGACUUUGAGGAGAACCCAAUUAUAGAGAUUGAUGUCCAGGCAAAGGAUCAAGGCCCCAACCCAAUUCCUGGCCAUUGCAAAGUCACCGUUAAAGUGCUCGACAGGAAUGACAACUGGCCAUCCAUAGGUUUCGUGGCAGUGCGUCAGGGAGCGGUCAGUGAAGCGGCGACUCCAGGGACCGUUAUCGCCCUUGUGAGAGUCACAGACAAGGACUCGGGUCGCAAUGGGCAGCUUCAGUGUAGAAUAUUGGGGAACGUCCCCUUCAAGUUGGAGGAGAACUAUGAUAACUUCUACACAGUGGUGACCGACAGGCCACUGGAUAGAGAGGUAAAGGAUGAGUAUAACAUAACUAUUGUGGCCAAAGACAAUGGCAGCCCGCCACUGAACUCAACCAAGUCUUUCACUGUUAAGAUUUUAGAUGAAAAUGAUAAUGCACCUCGCUUCACUAAAAUGGUGUACCUUCUUCAGGUGCCCGAAAACAAUAUCCCAGGGGAAUACCUGGGCUCAGUUCUGGCCCAUGACCCAGAUUUGGGCCUAAAUGGCACUGUGUCCUAUUCCCUCCUUCCCUCUAAUGUCAGUGAGGAGUCUAUCACCACAUAUGUAAACAUCAAACCCACUGAUGGUGCAAUAUAUGCCCUGAGGAGUUUCAACUAUGAGCAAACCAAGUACUUUGACUUUAAAGUCCAGGCAAAGGAUUCAGGUAAUCCUCACCUGGAAAGCAACACCACAGUCCGUGUGAGUGUGCUGGAUGUUAAUGACAACAUUCCCGUCAUUGUCCUUCCAUUACUCCAAAAUGAUACAGCAGAGAUCCACGUUCCCCGGAAUGUGGGAGUCGGUCAUAUUAUCACCACGGUCAGAGCAGUGGACAACGACUUUGGCGAGAGCGGCCGCCUCACCUACGAGAUCUCAGAUGGGAACGAGGAACACCUGUUUGAGAUCGAUUCGGUGACAGGUGAGGUGCGGACAGCCCAGCCACUGUGGGAGGAAGUAUCACCUGUUGUGGAACUCAUCAUCAAGGUGACUGACCACGGCAAGCCGAGUUUGUCAGCCAUGGCCAAGCUCAUUGUCAAAGCCUACUCCGGACCCUUGCCAGAGGGUGAACCGCACAUCAAUGCAGAACACCACAACUGGGACAUGUCGCUCCCAUUGAUAGUGACCCUUAGUAUCAUCUCCAUCAUGCUCUUAGCGGCCAUGAUCACCAUUGCGGUCAAGUGCAAACGGGAGAACAAGGAGAUCCGCACAUACAACUGUCGUAUCGCUGAGUACAGCCACCCGCAACUGGGUAAAGGCAAGAAGAAGAAGAUCAACAAGAACGACAUCAUGCUUGUGCAAAGCGAAGUGGAAGAACGGGACACCAUGAAUGUGAUGAACGUCGUCAGCAGCCCUUCGCUGGCUACCUCACCCAUGUACUUCGACUACCAAACACGCCUACCCCUCAGUUCUCCAAGAUCAGAGGUCAUGUACCUCAAACCAACCGCAAACAACCUCAGCGUUCCUCAAGGACAUGUUGGCUGUCACACCAGCUUCACAGGACCUGUUACGAACACCACAGAGACGCCAGUGAACAGGAUGUCGAUAAUUCAGACAGACAAUUUUCCCGCUGAGCCCAAUUACAUGGGUAACAGGACGCAGUUUGUUCAAAGCAGCUCCACGUUCAAAGACCCGGAGCGAGCCAGUCUCAGAGACAGCGGGCACGGAGACAGCGACCAGGCGGACAGCGAUCAGGACACUAAUAAAGGCUCCUGUUGUGACAUGUCUGCUAAGGAAGCGCUGAAGAUGAAGGCCACAGGCCUCAAGCCUCAACCACUCGAGCAGGAGGAGGAUUGUUUGAAUUGCACGGACGAGUGUCGAGUGCUGGGUCACUCUGACCGUUGCUGGAUGCCCCAGUUUCCUCCAGCGGGGGCCGGAGGAGCAGGAACUCCCCAAGCUGAGGACACGGACUACCGCACCAAUCUCUUUGUCCCGGCCGGCAUGGAAGCGGUUGCCAUUGAGACUGAGACUUACGAGACGGUGUGCAAUCCCAAUGGCAAAAAAACUUUCUGCACAUUCGGUAAGGAACGUCGGGACCACACCAUCCUGGUGGCGAAUGUUAAACCUUACCUAAAGACCAAACGUGCCCUCAGCCCUCUGUUGCAAGAGAUCCCCUCGGCCUCAUGCAGUCCCACCAAGGGUUAUAACACAGGCUCGCCCUGUUCCUCGGCCAAAGGCGUGGGUGACGGUGCGGAGGGCAAGCCUAGCACCAGCCAUUACGGACCCCCAGAUGGACAGUACGUCUCCCCCAACAAGCAGAACAAAGAGCAGCGCUUCUCCACCCUGCAUCCCUCUGACCCGGUGGCCAAAGUCCUGGCUGAGGCUCGUUCGAGGAUCAGCCAGGAGACGGCGGUGGAAAUGGACUGUGUCUUGGCACAGGGGGGAGGAGAGAUGGGUCGUGGCACCAUGGAUGCAGACCAUGUGGUCAGGGACAUCGACAAACUGCUGCAGGAUUGUCGGGAAAACGAAAACACCUCUAUCAGAAAGUGAAACGGUUCCUCUCGCACUUUGAAUGAACCAAAUGGACAAGUGAGGCACUCGCUGAGAGAGUGCGGUACAGAUGGGACAAAACAUGAGUACUUUUGACACAUGAGCAAAAAGCGGUUGGCUUUUGUUUGUCUGGACACCGCGAGGGAAUUGUUGACCUUUCUGGUUUCUAGCAGGCUUUUCUUCUUCUUCAAGUGCCCACCAGCUUCAAACUUGUUCUUACAGUGAUGUCUUUUUGUCACUGAACCACAGAUGGAGCGUACCGCCCCUACCGGCCAGAGACUUUAGGAGGGGUAGACGAAAAUGCUUUGUUCUGACAAUCGCAGUUAAGAGGGUGGGGUUUAUCGAACGCCCUGAAACGAUCGGAGACACUCUCUCUUUACCUUUUAAUGUCUUUGUAAUAUCAGCAUAAGUGCAAAUGAUAUCAGAAAACUCUAAGGUGGGGGUGUGUGGGGCGGGUUGAUUAUGAAAUGUAACCAUUCUUCACCUGUCAUUUCUAGCCAUAUGUGUAAACUGUGUCCUCCUACAUGUAUUCGUACAUAUGGAACAUUCCAGAAUGGUGAACCUGUUACUCUCACUUAUUGGUCCUCUGUGUGAUCCCGUCAUCUGUCUUCUGCUUUCCACUACUUUUAAAGUGACUAUCCACGUGUCUGACGUUACGUUACAACAGUCACUCUCUCUUGUAUAUUAGGGACAUUUUUCCUCAGCUGUGAAAAGAUAUAUCUAUAUAUACAUAUAGAUAAUUAUAUAUAAAUAUAUGAACUUAUGUAUAGUGUCCAGAUAACAAUGAAAAUAUUUAUACAUUUUGUAAAAAACAAAAAACAAAAGGGUGCACAGGAUCAAAACGCAGUUAAAGAUAUUUAUUAAACUGCAAAGGACACUGUUUCAAUUUCAGAAAAACCUAAACAAAACAUGAAGAAAAAAAAAAGUGAAAAAAGGAAAUGUCCCUUCACAUUGUCACAUAUACACAAAAUCAUUAAAUGUGCAAAAUGUAUCCAAUUUAAUGUGUUUACAUCAAAACGACAUAUUUUUAUUGAUUUUUCUGCAGUUUCUGUGCAUUUGAGCCAAAUUGUUAUGUGUAAAAGAGCUAUAUUGUGUAUUUUAUUAAAUUAAUAUAUGGUUGUGUUGUAAUAUACCUGGGCUUAUAUUGUACUUUGCAACUGAUGCCUUUGUAGUUGUCAAACUCUAUGAGUUUAAUUUCCAUUCUGUUAAUUCUCUCUUUCUCACGUGCUUGUUUUGCUUGGAGCUGAUCGACUCGCUGCUGUACGUUUGGACAGGCUGUGUUUUUUUGGAAUACAAAGACUACUUGCUGA